AUGUUGAAGUUGAAGAAAAAGCUUAAAAAUAAGCUAAAAUUGUCCAAAAUCGAGUGUCAACCGGAUGACUUCAGCGUCCUUUCGCAUGGUUUUGUUCCGACUGCGAUGCCGGCUUCGAAGGUGAUUGCUUUUGAACGGUCCAGCAGCGACAGUAGUGACGCUGACAACAGUAGCGGCAACGCUAACUUUCCGGAAGCGCCCCCUGGCAGCCCGGAUGAAGCCAUCGGUUCCAGCCAACACAGUGAUCAGCAUUCAUCGCCCCUAAGUUAUAACUGUUGCUACAGCUAUAAUUUUAACAUAAAUUACAACUUUUCACCUCCUCCUCAUGGUUGCAAUGUAACUGGGGCUAGGCUAUCGCCACCAAAAUGGUGCGACGAAGAAAUAUGUGAAGAACUGUGUCACUUCGAUAGCAACAGCAAUUUGGUGUCGGAGAGUUCGAUUGAAGCGAACCGAAAAAGUCGAACAAGCAGGAAGGUACGACCGGUGUCAACAGAAAAGAGUAAAAGAAGCACCUCCAGCAUGUCGUCCAAAGUUGUCCCAGUGAAUCCUAGACUAUUGAAGGCUGGAAUGAACGCUCCCAGAUGCCUUUCGACGAGCGAUUUGUCCACCUACAAAGGUAGUAUGUUUAGUGAAAGCAGCCAGGACUAUCAGAACAUUUGCUCUCGCCUCAACUCGGUGAAAGUGACUGAAAUAUUAGACAGAAAUGGGGCAGACCUGACGGAUCACGAUAGAAGAAUUUUACAUUGUAUGGUUUUGAAGCGCAUCAAAGAGAUUGAACGAUUGGAAGAAUCGGUACUGGCGAAACAAUGUUGGGAGCAGGAGAAACUGUGUCGAAAAACGCUUCUCGAUGAACAGGAACGUAAUUAUAAAAAAGCAAUUCGUCAAAAAAGGAAUAUAGAACAAAUUGAAAUUCGUAACCGAAAACAGCGACUGGAGCGACUCGAACAGCAGCAGAUCGAGAAAAUCCAGAAUGAGAUAACCGAAAAGGAUAUCCGCUCGAGCAGUCUGCUGAAGACGCUGGAAAUUCAAAAAGGUAUUAAGGAGUGCGAGAAGAAAAGCCGCGAAUUGAAGCGAAUGGAGGAGGCUACCAUCAAUCAGGAGGAGAAAACACUGGACAAAGACAUCUGGCGGCAGUCGCUGGUCGAUCAUCUGGAGGAACGCGUCCAGCGGGCGGACGAACUGCGUCAGCAGGUUCUCGAGGUGUACCGGCGCCGGUUGAAGAUCGAUAAUCAACUGGAACGGAAAAUGCAUUCGCACAAUCUCAAGCAAACGCUGGAGCAAGAGCGCUACAGGCUGAUGCAGCUGAAGGAACGCAUUGUGGUGCGGGAAAGUCGCUUUCAGCGAUUCAAGGACAGCAGGAAACGCAUUUUUGACCAGCUGAAGAGUCGAGCCAAAACGACUGCAGCCCUGAGGGACAUGGUUAAGCAUUCGAUCAGUCCCAAUACGUGCCCGAAGACGAUCGCCGGAAGCCAACGGGUGUUCAGCGUGGUGCAGGUUAAGUGAGCGGGAAACGAUGCCCGACUGGUUUUGUUGUAAGAUGUAAU